CGCGCGGCGGUGGAGGGAAGGGGGCGGUAUGCCGAUGAAGGGCCGGUUCCCGAUCCGGCGCACGCUGCAGUACCUCAGCCAGGGUGAUGUCGUCUUCAAGAGCUCAGUGAAGGUGAUGACCGUGAACUACAACUCGGCGGGGGAGCUGAGCGAGGGGGCGAGAAAGUUCGUGUUUUUCAACAUCCCCCAAAUCCAGUACAAGAACCCCUGGGUGCAGAUCAUGCUGUUCCGGAACAUGACCCCUUCGCCCUUCCUCCGCUUCUACCUGGACAACGGAGAACAGGUUUUGGUUGAUGUGGAAGAUAAGACUAACAAAGAGAUAACUGAGCACGUUAAAAAAAUCUUGGGGAAAAGCAAAGAAAGGCUCGAAAAAGAAGAAAGAGAAAGGAAAAAACUGUCACAUCCAGCAACUUUCGGGAACAAGAAGUAUCAUCUGCGAGAAUGCAUGUGUGAAAUUGAAGGCCAGGUUCCCUGUCCUGGUGUUGUGCCACUGCCUAAAGAGAUGAGAGGGAAACAUAAAGCUGCUAUGGAAAAAGAAGCAUCAGCCUGA